AUGGGCUCCAAAAAGCAUUCUGGUUCGAAGAAAGAAGAUCCUCCAAAGCUGUCUGAGGCAGCUAAGGCGGAGGAACUGAGUACCUCGUCAUCCUCUAGCUCAUCUUCCUCUUCUUCAUCAUCAUCUUCUUCAUCUUCCUCUUCCUCUUCAUCUUCCUCUUCCUCUUCCUCUUCAUCUUCCUCAUCAUCCGAGUCGUCCUCAUCCUCAUCAGAGUCUGAAUCAGAAUCCAAUGCUAAUCAUUCGAAGAGUAAUGUAGCUUCUGUAAAGUCCAAUGGGGAGUUGAGCACAAGUAGCUCGUCAAGCUCGUCUAGCAGCAGCUCGAGCUCUGGAAGUGGCGACUCAAGCUCUGAGAGUAGCGAUUCCAGUUCCUCGGAAGACUCUGACAGCGAUUCAAGCUCGGAUGAGGAAGAUAAGAAGGCCAAAAAAACUUCUCACAAGCGUCAGCAUGAAGAGAAGGACUCUAAACCAUCGAAUAAAAAGCAAAAGAGGGAAGAUGGCUCCUCUAGUGGUUCCUCUAGUGAUUCUGAUAGUGAGUCAUCUUCCUCCGACGAAGAUGACAGUAGCUCUGGUAGUGACAGCGACAGCGACUCCAACAGCGACAGCGACUCCAGCAGCGGCAGCGACUCCAGCAGCGACAGUGACUCCAGCAGUGACAGUGACUCCAGUAGCUCAAGUGAUAGUGAUUCUAGCAGCUCUAGCGACAGUGAUUCUAGCAACUCCAGUGACAGCGAUUCCAGCAGCUCUAGUGACAGUGAUUCCAGCAGCUCUAGUGACAGUGAUUCCAGCAGCUCUAGUGACAGUGAUUCCAGCAGCUCUGAUGAUUCGAGUGCUUCGUCUGAUAGCGAAUCUGAUGGCUCAUCAGACAGCAGCUCGAGUUCUUCGGGAGAUUCUUCCGAUGACUCCUCAGAGGACGACUCAAGUGAUUCCUCGAGUAGUGGAUCAUCGGACUCGAGUUCUAGUGAAUCUUCAGACUCUGGUGAUUCUUCUGAUUCAUCCUCUGACUCUGAUUCAUCCUCUGACUCUGAUUCUUCAGACAGUGAUACUUCUAAUUCAUCAAUUAAAUCAGAAGCGGACACCAAGACAACAGCAAAGAGAACAAGAGACGUACGCGAUAAAGACGAAUCGGAAGCUGACAGUGCCUCUAAAUCAUCUUCUUCAUCCAAGACAGCCUCCCCUGAUGUUACCGAACCAGUUAAGAAGAAGACAGCUAUUCCUGCUAUAAUCGACGAGCAGCCUGGAAAACGGAAGCAUUUUUCUAGAAUUGACAGAGCUAAAAUUUCCUUUGAGGCUGAAGCAUUGACAGAUAACACAUAUAAAGGGGCUGCCGGUACCUGGGGUGAGAUGGCCAAUGAAAAGCUUGGGAGAGUUAGAGGGAAGGACUUCACAAAGAACAAAAACAAGCUAAAGAGAGGAUCCUAUAGAGGUGGCUCAAUAACUCUAGCAUCGGGUUCGUAUAAAUUUACUGAUUAG